AUGGCGGCAGCAGCAGCAUGGGAAUGUGUCUUCAAAUUUCUUAUUUACCAUGAAGACGACAAAGACAACAGCUACUUCAAGUCUCUCUCCCUUGUUUCCAGGCAGUUCCUCUCCAUCACCAACCGUCUUCGAUUCUCUGUCGUUAUCGGCUCAAAAAAACUCCCUUUCAUCCAUCUGCUAUUUCAAAGAUUUCCCAAUAUCACAUCCCUCACCCUCAAGCGUGGCUUCCGCCGUGAUUCUAGUGCAUUCCACGGUGAUCGCAACGCCUUUCUCCGUCAGAUCUCUCGUUUUCCUUUGAAACUCACAUCUCUCGAUCUCACCAGCCAACUCUUCAUUCCUGCCGAUGGGUUGCGAGUUUUCUCCCAAAAUAUAACAACUUUGACAUCUCUCAAUUGUUCCGCUAUGGAUUCUAUUAAGACAUCUGACAUCUUACUCAUUGCCGAUUGUUUUCCUUCACUCGAAGAACUUGAUCUAGGUAGAAUUGCAGUAUUUCACAAUCAAAAUAGCUUCAUUGAUGGGAUCAAGACUCUUUCUUUGGCGCUAUCCAAACUCCGUAAGAUUAACCUCUCUACUCAUCCUUACAUCAACGAUCAAUGUCUUUUCUACUUGUUCAACAACUGUAUGUUUCUCGAAGAGGCCAUUAUAUUUGAUUGUUUUAACAUUACCAAUGUUGGUAUUGUUUCUGCUCUCCGUGAGAGACCGAUGUUCAGAUCUUUACACUUUACCAACAAAACAGACAAUUGUUCAAAUAUGCUUGCCAUCCUUAGGAACUGUCCUUCACUUAGCUAUAUCAGAAUGGAAUACCCUUAUGCAUAUAUGCGGGAAGAGAGUGUGGAUAAUUCUAAUUCUUUAAUGAUUGUAAGCCCUCAAUUAGAGUCUCUAUGUUUGGCUGGUAAUACAUGGUUAACUGAUGAAAGCAUUGUAAUGUUUUCUUCCAUCUUUCCCAAUUUGCAACUCCUUGAUUUAAGUUAUUGCAAUAAGAUAUUUGGAGGUAUUUGUGAAGUUUUAAAGAGAUGUUGUAAAAUUAGGCAUUUGAACUUAGCCCAUUGUUCAAAAGUGAAGCUACUUGGAAUGAACUUUGAAGCUCCUAAAUUGGAGGUGUUGAAUUUGUCACACACAGGAGUUAAUAAUGCAGAACUCUAUGUGAUCUCAAAGAGUUGUCCAAGGCUUUUGCAGCUUUUACUUGAAAACUGUAAUUAUGUCUCAAAUACGGGAGCGAAACAUGUGGCAGAAAACUGCAUCCAACUAAGAGAGAUUAAUUUGAAAGACUGCCAUAAAGUGCAUCCUAAGGUUGUUGACUCAAUGAUAUUUUCAAGGCCAUCAUUGAGAAAGAUAGUUGUUCCAUCACGUUAUCGUUUCAAUGCUGGAGAGAAGGAACUCUUGAGUCAUGGAUGCCUUCUUUGCUAGUAUUAUGCAACAUAUCUCAACUCUUAAAUUUAAAAUGUUCUGUUUUUAUAUUUACUUGCUUGAGAAAUUACUUCAAACAAAUUUAUGUUUAUGCUCAUAAAUCUUUUAAUCAUAACUGU